UACAUCCAUGAGCUAGGAUGCUUGUUUCGAAGACGGUCGCGGUUAUAAUGUAGACAUACCAUGGAGUUUACUUAUCAUUUCGUGUUGGUAGUCUUCUGCGUGUCAGUAGUGAGAUCUUCUAUUUACUCCAAUUUAAAGGAAAACUUACUGUCUUAUCUAAAAAGUGUUCACAAAUCCACUCCGCUUCCUCAGCAAGAGGGCCAAAUUGAAGUAGCUCAACCAAGUCUCGACGGAAUCGGAGUGAAGGUUCAAAACCCGACAUUGCUUCAAUUUGUUCGAGUUGAACCGAAGAAGGAAUCAGUAAAUGAUGAUUUGCGUAUUACGCUAGAAACUGACGACCAGAACAUUGAAGACGCAAACGUAGAUGACAGUAACCCCUUGCAAUCGAAACAAGAUGGAAUAGACACUGGAACAGAAAGAAUCCAGCAAUGGGCAACAAAACCCUCGCUGCAACAGAAGAAAGAUGUUAGUUUUGAUUUAAACAACGCUGUACGCGAUCUAGUUAUUAGUCAAUUACAUUUGACGGACGAUCCUAAGGAUUCAGAGGUCGCUAAAAUCAAGUCAAACAUUUUGAAGAAUGCCAAGAAACGUAAAGGUCGACUAAAUAAGAAACUUGAUUCUCCUACAGUAGAGGCAGGGCCGAAAUUAGGUUCAGAGAUUUUUCAGUUAGAUCCGGUGCUAAAUAUGUUGCGAAGUCAGAACUAUCGGAGACAGAAGGAUAAGGAUGAAGAUUCCGACGAUGAUUCAGGGAGUUCCGAGAGGGACUUAAUGGACUGGAAAGAUGAGUUUAAGCAAGAUUGGUUGCAUAAAAAGUACGAAGCGUUGAAUCAAACUAGAGCCAAAGGAGAUUCUGUCAACAUGGUUGCUGCUAGGCCCUGGGGCGUGCAUUGUGGUGAUCCGGGGCAGCACGACCUGCCGUGGGGCACCUGCAUGCUGGCGAUGGAGUGUGAGCCAGAAUUCCGUAUCUACCGAGGGGACAUCUUCUGUGGACGGACACAGUUCGUCUGCUGCUCGCUACAGGUUACCACCUAUGACAUGUACCAAGGCUUCGAUGUCUCAUUUGACGACAAGAGUUUGAGUACGGAUACAGAAGAAAAGAAGGCACAAAAGAAAGAUUCUGCAGAAGAAAGAAAAAAGAAAGAGGCGAAAGACAAGAAGAAGCGUAAGGAGGCUCGGGGCAAACGUGUGAAAAAGAUAAAGAAAACUAUAGCGAAAGUCACCAAGGAAAUUGUAAAGAUAUUAGAUAAGGUGUAUAAAAACGGGACUAAAGCAAGGAAGAAGAGGACAAAGCAACUGAAGAAAUUCAUUAAGGCUUUGAAGAAGCAGUUCAAGAAGGAUCGCCUGGCGGUGAAAGAUGUUCAUGAGAAAGAUAUGGUACACCUUGAUAAUAGACUGUUGUUGAAAUUGAACCAAAUAAGGGAAUUGAAUCAGAACUUUAUGAAAAAUGAGACGUUUAGGGAGAUAGUGGUGAAUGGCACGCUUACGAAGCAAGGUGCUAGGAUGCUGGUUGAGGCUUACCCGGAGCUUGAUGCAUUUAUGAAUAAGCCCAAAGACGGGCGCCGCGCGCCACAAGACGAUGCGUUGGAGUACGACAUAGAGUAUGGCUUUAUGUAUUAUUGA